GCUCAAGGUCGUCAGUACGCAAAUCACAUUCAUUAAUGUAUGAACUGCUUGAGUACGAGGCUUCUAUUCUCGUCGACAUUCACCACGAGAGCUCAUUGUUAGUGCUUGCUGAUGGUUUGGGAAUGGAUGCAAUUAUUUAUAAUACAAUUAGAUUACAUUCAGAUCCUCACAACUUAGUGCUUGUUUCGAACUAUCGUCUUCCGGAAGCUCGUUUUUUAACAGGUAUACUGAAAAAGAAUGGAAUAAUUCAGUCUCCUGGGAUUAUUACUGCUGAGGUAAAUAAUAAGGAGCGUGAGGCAAUUUACAAGCGAGGUGGUGUGGUAUUUGUCAGUUCUCGCAUAUUAGUUGUGGAUUUACUGAUGGAAAGAAUGCCUGCUUCUUUGGUUUCCGGUGUCUUAAUUCUUCGGGCACAUGAAUUGCAUGAGGCAUGUCAAGAUAGUUUCGCUAUUCAGCUCCUCAGAGAACGCAACCCUCAGUUGUUUAUCAAGGCUUUCAGUGACAAUUCGUUAUCUUUGACCUCUGGCUACAAUCAUGCAGAAAGGAUUAUGUUGCAACUGGGUAUUACAAAGCUUGUUCUUUGGCCAAGAUUCAACCUGCAGGUUGUUUCUUGUCUAAACGAAAACCAACCUGAUGUGGAAGAAGUUCGCGUAAAGUUGACUUCAGAAAUGGUUAUUUGUCAGUCGUGUAUACUUGAUCUUAUGAAGGCGUCAUUAAAAGAAUUAUGCGAUCAAAACCCAACACUAAGUACGGAUGAUCUUACCUUAGAAAAAGCUUUGUUACCGAAUUUCGACAAUCUUAUCUCGUUAUACGUUGAUCCUUUGUGGAAUCAGCUCAGUUCGGCCAGUCGACGUCUUAUCGGAGAUAUUGCCAACCUGAGGCGUUUGCUACGACUUUUAAUUGAAGGUGAUGCUGUCAACUUUUUAACAAAUAUGGAAGGUUUACGUCAAGCAGCUUUAUCAAGUUUAGGCGUGACUCAAAAGAGUGAAAUAAAUUCAAGGAGAGCUGCUAUAAGAGGUUGUCCGAGUUGGUUUUUGAUGGAUCAAGCUGACCGUCUUUUAGCAUCUGCAAGAUCUCGUGUGUAUUCUGAUUACAGCAAAAAAUUACUAAAUGUUGAGAUUAGUCCAAAAUGGAUAGCGCUUGUUGAACUAUUAAAAGAAAUCUGUACCAAGGCAACUGAUCGAACAUUAAAUAGUACCAUAUUAAUCCUGGUCAGUCGGGAAAAUACGGCAAGAUGCCUUGGACGUUAUUUACGACGUGGAAUGCGUUCUGUUAAGAAAUUUCUUGUUCAAAAUUCAGAUUUACCCGAAUUACAGCCACAUAAAAGAGUACAGAAGCCUCCUAAAUCGAGGAAUCCAAAAUCUUCGGAAGAAUCAUCCGUAACUACUCUAACACAAAUUUACAAACAGAAUAAAUUUAAUGAAUUGUGUGAAGAUGAUAAUGACAGUUCAUCUUCAUCAGAUGAAGAUUGUAAUAUAGAAAAUACUGAGAAAAUCACCGACAACACUAAUCAUUUGCCAUUAGGAUGUCAUGAAAUUAGCAUUCAUCCUAGUUUAUUGAUGUCAUCCAAUACAAAGAUGUCUAAUUCACAUAGAGUUAUUAUACGUGCAGCACCAACAUUUUCAGGUGAUGAAAAUGGUCAGUUUUCUGGAGCAACAAAAGAUAACCAAGAUGAGUCUGAUUUAUUUGUACAACAAUACGGUUAUCGGUUAUCAUAUGUUCUAGAUAUACUCCAACCUAUUUAUGUGAUACUAUAUGAACCUAAAGUAUCGUGGGUCAGAGAAUUAGAAGUGUACAAUGCACGUCGUGUUAUUCAGCACUUCUCGAAAAAUGAAUCUUCAAAUAUGGUUGGAGAGUUUGAGAGUCCGUUUCCUUCAUUGAAAAUAUAUUUUGUACUGUAUGAAAAUUCUGUUGAAGAACAACGAUAUUUAACAAGUUUACGAAAAGAAAAAGAAGCGUUUGAAUCGCUUAUUCAACUAAGUAGCACUAUCGUUAUACCAAAAGAUGCAACAAUACCGUAUGGAAAACUAAACCCAGACAAUAAUCAAGCAGUAUCUCGUGUGAUCGUAGAUAUGCGUGAAUUUCGCAGUGAGUUACCUGCGCUUUUACACAGAAAAGGAUUAAAAGUAGAACCUAUGACUUUAAGCAUUGCAGAUUAUAUUCUUGCUCCGCAUUUAUGUGUUGAAAGGAAAUCUGUCAGCGAUCUUAUCGGCUCUCUUAACUCUGGACGACUAUUUCAUCAAGCUACUGCAAUGUCACGUCAUUAUGCAAAUCCAGUUCUCCUUAUUGAAUUUUCUAUGCCUAACAAAGUUUGUAGUCUAAAUCAUGCAAGUACAAGAGGAUUUCAUGGGAACGAAGUAGUUGGGUUUUCCUUGUAUACUGGGCGACAUGCAAUUAACCCAAGUUCAGAAUUCAAUUCCCGUCAUCUUUUAUCUAAACUUGUUUUGCUCACUAUUCACUUCCCUAAUUUGAGAAUAUUUUGGAGUAUGACCCCAUAUUGUACUGCUGAAUUGUUUGCAGAGAUCAAACUUGGUCGACCGGAACCAACUGUUGAAAAACUUCCUCAGGAUGGUGAUCAUUUAGAGGAUCAUAAUGUUGAAGCUGUUGAUAUGCUAUUGAAAUUACCUGGUAUAUCAUGGAAAAAUUAUCGGCGCAUAAUGAGUCACGUCUCUUCGUUAUACGAUUUGGUUGACUGCAGUAUGGAAAGGUUAACAGAAAUUUUAGAUAGCAGUGAAUGCGCGGCUAAACUGCACAGUUUCCUACAUUCCAAAUGUAGUGAUUUAGUUUCGAAUGUUUCGACAGCUUCAGAUAUUGUUGAUGAAUCAGUCAAAUGUCCAAAUAAACGUAAAGCCAGACUAAAUUUAGCAACCAGUGUAAGAACACGUCGUGGGAAAGGUUGUGGACAUAUGAAAAUGUAAUUCGAUUUUAAAUAAUAAAGGUAAAUACUUGUAACAUAAUACUGUACAUAAGAUGUAAUAUAAGUUCCUAUUCUAACAGUGUUCUUUAGCGUUCAUAUAGCAACUUGUUAUCGUAUUGGUUUGUAAAUUGUCUCUUUGUGAGUGAGG